CUACAGAUGAAACGUGAAGAUGAAAAUGCAGAAGUCAAUGUUACCACAGUGAAGCGAUUUGUCCUCCUAGGAUUUUCUGACCUUCCAAAACUCCAAGGGUUACUCUCUGCGGUGUUCACUAUCAUCUACUUGACUAUCUUAAUUGGAAACAGCCUCAUAAUAAUAAUAACGAGCCUUGAGCCUGCAUUGCAGAAACCCAUGUAUUUUUUCCUGGCAAAUUUUUCCUCACUGGAAAUCUGUUACGUGUCUGUCACCCUCCCUAGAAUGCUCUUCAAUCUUUGGACUCAGGAUAGAAGCAUUUCUCUACUGGACUGUGCCACCCAAAUGUGCUUCUUCCUUAUGCUGGGGGCCACGGAGUGCCUCCUCCUGGCUGUAAUGUCCUACGACCGCUAUGUGGCCAUUUGCAACCCUCUGCACUACCCUCUGGUCAUGAACCACAAGAUGUGUGUGCAGCUGGCAGUUGGCUCCUGGGUCAGUGGAAUCCCAGUCCAGAUAGGACAAACAUGGCAAAUAUUCUCCCUGCAUUUCUGUAACUCCAACCUAAUUAACCACUUCUUCUGUGACAUACCCCCCAUUCUCAAGCUAGCCUGUGGGGACACUUCUGUGCAUGAAGUGUCUGUCUAUGUAGUAGUUAUGUUGGUCGCUGCAGUCCCUUUUAUGCUGAUUCUUGCCUCUUACAGCAAAAUCAUUUCCACCAUUCUGAGGCUGCCAACAGCCACAGGAAGAGCUAAGGCCUUCUCCACAUGUUCCUCCCAUCUGCUGGUGGUGGUUUUAUUCUUUGGAUCUGCUGCCAUCACCUAUCUGAGGCCCAAAUCCAAUCAUUCUGCAGGAACCGACAAACUGCUCUCUCUUUUCUACACCGUGGUGACUCCCCUGUUUAAUCCCAUGAUAUACAGCCUUAGGAAUAAGGAUUUCAUUGCAGCACUAAGAAAACUGUUUCUUAACAGAAUGGUGCAUUGA